UUUUAUAUCCAAAAAUACAAUCAGGUUUGCCUGCCUCUUGAGCUGAGGUCAGUUUGUCCUUGCUCAUUCAGCUAUACUGUUCAUGGAAAAUUUAGUGCAUGCAAGCAUUUUGCUGUAGUCAAAGCAAUGCGUUACAGAGAACAAUAUGUUUGAUCUAUCUCAUUUAGAUUUUAUGGCCAUGAUUCACUCAAGCAGAUAAUCUUAGUGCGUUUUGGUUAUUAACUUAUAUUUUACUUGGAAAAUGAUAGAAUUAUGUAUUGAAAUAUUCUGUUAUGUCCUGAUUCAAUAUUUACUAUAACCAAGAAUUUUUUGCUGGCUUCUUCUUAGUUAUAAGAGCUUUAACAACUUUGAUGAAUAAGUUAAGACCAUAUACAAAACUGGCUCGUCCCUUACCCACAAAUGCCUUGGCUAGUUUCCAUGAACCAAAUUUUUGGUCAUUGAUGUCUGGUUGGCAGUUGCGCAAUGAAGUUUGGUCAAAUACUUCUGGAACCUUGUAGGCAUAGAGUUAUUAUGUAGUUAAUCCCUUUCUUAUAGACAAUUAAUUAUGACGAGCACAUGCUUAAUAGAAGUUGAUCUUUACCUAAAAUCAAAGUAGUAACUGCUGACAAGACCUCAUAAGCUCUUAUAGCUUUUAUCAUGUAAUUUGGCCCCGCUAUUUUAUCUAAAUAUGCAACAAAAACAACAAUGGUAUUCCUUGUCAGCUGGUGUUUAAUGCUUAUCCUUUUAACUGUUCAUCUAUAUCAAAGUUCAUAUUUUCAUCUCAUUAAAUCGACAACAAUUUUCAUUUUAUCUGUAAUGCCUCAAAUUCAUUGUUCUAUUGGUAUACUGUUGUCCUAUUAACACCUUCAUGUCACUCCAUCUGAAGUUAUUUCCGUAUUACUCAUGAUAAAUGCUCCCACUGGCUUUCUAUUGGAGAACCACUACCCGAAAGCUAUAAGGUCAACUGUUGAGUUGUGGGAUAUUAGACGUGAGCAAGAGUAUUCCAAAAAUUUUUCUAACAAGUUUUUUGUCCUAAGAGAUUAUGCAAAAGACACUCUCUCUUUAAGAUGGCGGUCUUGGAUGACAAGCUACUACAUGGAGCGCUACCUAAAGAACCAGACAUUUUAUAAAAUUCAGUCACAAUCAAUAAUUGACAACCCAGAUCAGCGAAUUGUUGAUGAUUUAAGUGCCUUUACUGGAACUGCACUUGCUUUCUCAUUAACUCUCUUUAAUGCUGCUGUCGACUUGAUAUCAUUCAGUAAUAUCCUAUUUGGGAUUUAUCCACCACUUUUUGUUGUACUCAUUGUUUACUCGCUAGGAGGCACGGCUGUUAGUGUGUUUCUUGGAAAGGGGCUAGUCUCUUUAAAUUUUAUGCAAGAGAAGAAGGAAGCAGAUUUCCGCUAUGCACUUGUACGGGUUCGAGAAAACGCUGAGUCAAUUGCUUUUUAUGGUGGUGAGGAGAAUGAAAGGCAACUUUUGCUGGAUCGAUUCAAGAGGGCUUUUGAAAACUUAAGUAAACUAUUGAUUUCUUCUCGAAAUUUGGAAUUCUUCACCAGUGGUUACCGCUACCUGAUUCAAAUUCUUCCUGCUGCUGUUGUUGCUCCUAUGUAUUUCUCUGGAAAAAUUGAGUUUGGAGUGAUCAACCAGUCUGUCUCUGCUUUCAAUCAUAUCCUUGGUGACUUCUCUCUCAUUGUGUACCAGUUUCAGGCAAUCAGUGCCUUCUCAGCUGUAAUUGAUCGUCUAGGUGAAUUUGAUGAUGUUUUGGAUGAUAGACAAUCUCCUUACAUCUCCAAGCCUGAUGUUUCCUCCAAGAUUAACAUAUUGUAUAAGGAUGUAAUGUAUGCUUCUAUGGGUUCAAAUGGAUCUAUACCACAGGGUGGGUGUGGAAAAUUACUAGAGGUUGAGAAAUUGACAUUACAAACUCCAAGAAGCAGAAACAUCCUUAUUACAGACUUUUCGUUGGAGAUAUAUAAUGGUGAUCACCUUCUGGUGAUGGGCCCUAGUGGGAGUGGUAAAACAUCACUCUUAAGAGCUCUAGCUGGUCUGUGGAAUACUGGUGAAGGUAAUAUUACAUUCUACAUAACAAAUGGAGCACAAAGUCAACUCUCCGCCUCUUCAAAUAUUGAUUCUUCUGGAGCACAGUCUGCACAGAAUAUUUUGGAGGUAGACAAGCUUUCAGAUCUUAGAAACAAGAGAGCCAAGGAUGUCUUUUUCCUUCCUCAAAGGCCUUACAUGGUUUUAGGAACACUACGCCAACAAUUGCUUUAUCCAACAUGGAGUAAUGAACCACUCCCUACUCCAAGUAACUCUCAACAGCCUGAUUCUCUUCCCUUUUUGUUGCAAGCAUCAAACUCAGAACAUGACAUAUCAGAGAGGCCUACGGCUGAGGAUCUGAUCGAGGUGCUAGAGGUUGUUCGUCUUGGUGAUAUUUUGACACGUUUCAAUGGCCUGGAUUCCAUGUAUGAGUGGUCUAGUGUGCUUUCACUUGGUGAGCAGCAGCGUCUUGCAUUUGCUCGUCUGUUACUCUCAAAACCGAAGCUGGUUUUACUGGAUGAAUCUACUAGUGCAUUAGAUGAAGCCAAUGAGGCUCAUUUGUACAGUCAGAUUGAAGCUGCAGGCAUAACAUACGUAAGUGUUGGACAUAGAAGCACACUCUACAAGUACCACAACAAAGUCUUACGCAUAUCAAAGUUAAAUUCGGAGGACAUGGGCCAACAAAAUUGGCACCUUGAGCUCAUCAACCGAAACACUAGACCAGAAGAGGCUACACCAACCACAUACCUAGGGAAGAAACAAGAAUGAACAGGACUUCUGAAGAGAUGGUAAUACCCUAUUCAGAGACUUAAACAUGCAAACACAGGUAACCCUUCUCUAGAAUAUGAUUGGAAGAUAACAGAAGUGUUCACCCAUAUGUAAUGUGGAUACAUUAUUGAUGAAUACAUAUGAAGAUGCUGCCCUGCGACGAGACCUUGAUCAAUAACUUCGAAUGCUAGAGAGGAUGUGGACUUGGUUGCAAAAUUCAUGACAGGAGUCUAUAUGAGAUCUGGUUGGUAGUUGGGUUUUCAAGUGGAACCAAUAUGAUGCGACUAUAUGCAUUAAUUUCAUGUAUAAUAUGUUGCUAUUUUUGAGAUUGGGUAGCGCAAUUUGGAUGAUGCCAUUUGCUUAAUAUAAAUGAUUUAGAUUUUUUUAAGGUUCCAACUUGAUGAAUGUUGAUGCCAGUUCUGUACAUCGAUCAAUGUUGUAUGAACUAUUAGUGGAGAAAGGGUCUUUUUUGUUCUUCA